AUGAGGUCGGGAAAGCACUCAGGAGCACAGCUUGGAGCUCAUGUUCUGAAAGAGUUUCUCUGGAAGUUCGGUGCGAGAGAGUCACCACCUUCACGAGGGCUCAGUGCGAAAGAAGAAGAGGUGGUGAUAAGGAGGCCAACGCUAUGUGGGUGCUCAUAUUACCUCUUCCUCCGAGGAUGGGAGGCGAUAUUCGGAGGAGUUCCUGAAUCUCAUUCUUCAUCUAGAACUCAAUUACCUGCUUCUUUGUCGCCCAAAUUGUCUCCUUCACUUUUGUCCCCAUCGUUGCCUCCAUCUCUUCCUAUGCCACCUCUUUAUUUAUCCCCUCCUUCACCUUCUUCACACCCUGUGUUACCUUCACCUCAGUCGCCAUCAUUGCAACCACUAGUUUGGUCACCAUCACCAUCGCCCAUACCUUCCGCCACAACAUCUCAUAUAUCUUUAUCUUCUCACCCAAAAACUCCCUUACCAUCUCUUAUGCCUCUUCCUACUCAUUUAUCACCUCAUUUUCCAUUUUCACCAAUUCCAUCAUUAGUUCCUGAAUCUCAUUUUUCAUUUACAACUCCAUCAUCCGUUCCUUUCUCACCUAAAUUGUCUCCUCCACUUUUGUCCCUGUUGUUGCCUCCAUCCUUUUCUUCGCCGCCUCCUAAUUCACCCCCUCUUUCACCUUCUCCACAUCUUGUAUUACCUCCACCUCAAUCACCACUGCUACCACCUCCACUUCGGUCGCUAUCACCAUCACCUACAUCUUCUAUUAUAAUACCUCAUUCAUCUCCAUCUUCUCACACAAAAACUCCAUCACCAUCUCCUACUCCUCAUUGUACUCAUUUUCCAUUUUCACCAAUUCCAUCAUUAGUUCCUAAAGCUUAUUCUUUAUCUAAAGCUCCAUCGCCUGCUCCUUUGUCACCCAAAUUGUCUCCUUUACUUUUGCCCCCGUCAUUGACUCCAUCUCUUUUUAUGCCACCUCCUAAUUCAUCUCCUCUUUCACCUUCUCCAUACCUUGUAUUACCUCCACCUCAAUCACCACUGCUGUCGUCUCGACUUGGGUCGCCAUCACCAUCACCUACAUCUUCUGCUACAAUACCUCAUUUAUCUUUAUAUUCUCACACAAAAACUUCAUCACCAUCUUCUACUCCUCUUUUUACUCCUUUAUCACCUCAUUUUUCAUUUUCACAAAUUCUAUAA